AUGCGCUCCUUCCUGCAGGCUUGAUUCCACUCCUCACAGUACUACUCCAUUUUACCCUGCAAACGCCGGUCUCAGGACAAAGACGAAUCGUUUUUAGCUUGUGGACAUAAUCAAAGCUCAAAAAUCAUUGGAAAUUUUCGAAAAUCGAAAUCUUGAACUUCCUGGGCACCAACUCAUGGCUGUAUUUUGCUGGCACAGAAAUAUCUCUGGCAGUCUCAUAUGUAGGUAAAACUGGACUUGUGUUAUGGAUAAUGCUGAACAAAGCCCCCGGCCCCCAUCUAAGGGUAUUUUUGAUACAGCUAGCUUGCUAGCUCCUUCUUCUACAAUAUUCAGCUCUCAGUCUCCGACUCCUGUUCAGUCUCCUUUACCUCAUUUAGCUCAUUCUCCAAGUGCUUUCUCAGUCCUGGGAAGAAAUGCAGUUCUCAUACCUCCACCUUCUUCAAACUCUGACAGUACCUCACCAUCAGGCAGUAGUAAAAUUUGCUCGCCCAUCAUGCAUCACUCAGCUUCUGAUGCUCUCUCAUCUCUUGCAUCUUCUUCAGUCCUCAAUUGCGAUACAGGUCCAUGCAGCUGGUGGUCAGCUGCAUCUCCUAUAGGAAACAGUUCCGAAUUUCCUGGUUGUGGAGUUCCACCUAUAACAGAUCCAUUUGUAAGACCAGGGCUGUGUAGGAAUUCUCCUGUGGCACCUGCUCAUCUUUCAGUGCAACAACCACGAAGAAUUGUAGAAGAAGUAUUAGGCCAUCUUUAUGCCAAACCACCAUCUGCAGAAUCAAAGAAUGACUCACAAACCUCAGGUAUUCCAAGUCCUCAGACACUUUGUAAAACAAGUAUAUUACCUAAUAUAGUUGGAGUUUCUCCUAAAAAACUUACAAAAACAAAAUCAUCAGAUAAAGAAUCCAAUCAUGCAAAAAGUGAAAAAUGCAAAUCAUCAAAUAAUUUGUCCUCGCCAGUAUCAGGGAUUUCCACUGUCUCAGGGAAUCAGUCAACAAAAUCUUCCUCAAAGAAAUCUUCAGAACCUGUGACUGAACAAAUUGCUAGGUUGUUAUCUACUACGGAGAAACCUAAACGGAAAAACAAACCAAAGGCCUGUAAACCUGAUUCAGCCAAAAAUGGAAAAAGCACUAAAACAGAGAAGAAACAGACAAAGCAACCGAAAGAGAAAAAAGGCAAAAAAUCCAGCUCUGAGAGCGAUGGUCACGUGGAAUCUAGUAGUAGCACCACAAGCCCUGAGAGUGCUGGGGCUGUAAGUUCCAGUUCUAGUGACUCUAGUGAUGAUGAAGAACGCGAAAAACAACAGAAGCAGCUUGCUAGGCUGAAGAGACAACAACAAGAACUUCGACGGAAAGUUCAAGAAUUAAAACAAGCUUCUCAUGAAAGUGUGCAUCAGAAGUCUGAAGCACAUACAAAGAAAAGUCCUACAAAUUCCAAGAAUUCACUGCCUUCAAGUGGGGGUCUUAACCACACUUUGAAACCAGUUCCUAGUCCUGCUCAUUCUUCCCCUUUGAUGCCAGUACCAUCUAAAACUAUGUCUCCUGAGGCAAAAUCAAGUAUAUGUGAUCUUACCGUAGAUGAAGAGCAAAAUCUCUCAUUUCCGCUGGACUUGUGUAUGAAAAAACAAGAACCUACAUUCGAAGUUACAACCUCUAUGACUUCUUCAUAUAUACCAACUCCAACCACAGCCAUGGCAAAAAAGAAAACAUUUCAGAUGGCGGGUAGCAAUGUUUCUGGUGCUAAUAAUAAUAGUAGUAACAAAUUAUCUGCUGUCCCAAAGAAACGUGGUCGCAAGCCUAAAGCAGUUCCAAUGCCUGGAAAUCCUCCAGCAGCACACUCAGAAAAGGUGCGCCAGAUAAAAAGAAACUCCAUAAAAGACAUCUCAAGUUUAUUAAUGCCUCCAAAAAUGGACUUAUUGCCAGGUCAUGCUACAAAUACUUCAUUACUUAAAUCAUCUAAUCCUGGUUCUUGUCCAAAAGUGCAUGCCCCCAACACUCUGGGAGCUCCAAAUGACAUUUUACCACAUUCUAGGAAAAAUUUCACUCUGGACUGUUUGUUGAGUGAAACAAAUGGUAACUUACACUUCCCAGAAAAUGAACCCACUAUGUUUCCUACUUCAUCUGUUGGUGUUAAUAAAAUUUUCAAACAUAAAGAACGUCAAAGAAAUAAUAGUAAUAAAGUUAAAAAGUUUGAAGAAAAAAUCAAGGAACCUGAAUCUCCAUUACGUCCAGAAACUUCAUCCCCAUCAGACUCUGAUCCAGAUGAUGAUAACUCAGAUAGUGAUGAUACAGAGCAUUCACAUCCCGAAAGUAUAACAGAUAGUACUUCAACCUCAGGCCAUAAGCGAAAGCAUUCCUUUGAUGAAGAUAGCGAAGAUUACCGAAAUAAAAAGAAGCGUGUUGUUCCUGAUGAAAGAGAAGUUCAAAUUCCUUUGGAACAUGGAUGGCGUCGGGAGACUCGAAUCAGGUGCUUCAGCAGAUCAGGGGUCAGAGGAGAAGUGGCUUAUUAUACUCCUUGUGGUAAAAAGCUUCGAAGUUAUCCUGAGGUUGUAAGGUAUCUUGUAAAAAAUGGAAUUACAGAUAUUUCAAGAGACAACUUCACUUUUAGUACGAAAGUUAAUGUUGGAGAAUUUCUGGAGUGCAUUUCAUCUGGUGCAGGACAGGACUAUGUCUUACUGAGCGAAAAUGAAGUUCUUGCUAGAAUAGAAGAAGCCCGUGCUCGUAAAGGUCGGUUAGGUGUUCAGAACCGUAAAUCAUCAGCUCAACAUCGAGCUAUGGAAGAAGAAGAGCAACAGCGUCAAUGGGAACAAAAACAGAUGCAACAUCAUUUGGAGCAGCAAGCACGAUCACGAGAAGCUCAGGAGUCGAAGUUGCUGAGGCAGGCUCAGAGAGAACAAGCCUUAAUGGCUGCUAGAGAGGAAAAACGUUUAAGAGCUGAAGAAAGUCGUAAACAGAAAGAACAACAACGUAUAAUGAAGCAGCAAGAAAAAUUUGAAAGAAUGGAGCAGCUGCGAAUUGAGAGAGAAAUACGUGCUCAACAGAUGCUUGAAGAUCAAGAGAUGAAGCGUCAACAAGCAGUUUUUCUUAGAGAACAGGAAAUGCAGAAACGUAGGGAAAUGCUGCUAAUGGUUGAUUUGGAAAGGGAACGUCGUAGACAACACAUGAUUUUAGUGAGAGCCCUAGAAAAUAGGAAAAAGCAGGAGGAACGAGAAAGAAAGAGGGAAGAAAUCUUAUUUGAAAAACGAAUAAACCGAGAAAAGAAAUUGGAACAAAGACGAAUAGAAUUAGAUUACUUGAGAGAGCUGAAAAAGCCUGUAGAUGAUAUGAUGCUUAAAGAUCUAAUGCCAUUGCCAACUUUAAAUAGAAUUCCAGGCGUAAAGUUGUGUGGUAAAGCUUUCGCUGACACUCUUAUGGUGUUUGAGUUCCUUCAUAAUUUUGGAGAAACUUUAGGAUUUGAUGUGGACAGUUUGCCAACAUUGAAUACUCUUCAGACUGCAUUAUUAAAUCUGGAUGAAAAGUGUGAAGACGAGUUACUAUCCAUUGUGCACCAUCUUCUUGUAUGUGCUAUUGAUGACCCUGGCAUACAGCAUUGCCCUGAGGCUGCUACUGUAUUGGGGCAAAACCUGAAGGAUGCAGAUAUCACCAACAGUAAUGUGUCCGAAGUUCUUAGAUUAUACUUUAUUGCUCAAGAUAAAAGAAGUCCUAUGUUGGAAUGGCUUCAAACAAAACCUUUCUUAUCUCUGAAUGCAACACAGAAAGCAGAAGUAAUUGCAUUCCUCUGUGAUGAAUUACUUACAAGUCGGUUGCUUACAAGACAAAUAGAUAGUAAUAUAGAAAAUGUGAAUGUUUUAAGGAAAGACAAAUGGCUUGUAGAGGGCGAUUUGCGUAGAUAUCGAUCUAUUCAGCAACGAAGGGCUUUAAAGGCGAGGCUCAGUGCAAUGGAAGAAAACCGUGAUAAUCCCAAUUGUGCAAAUAUGUUAUCUGCAGAUAUACCAGAUUUUAGUUUAACUGAGUCAAAGGAGAAUACAGCUGGAAAUGAGGAUUCAGAGGCAAAAGAAGCAGCUAAAUCUGAUAAGGAGAAGUUAGAGGAGAUGGAAAAUGAAUUAGCUAAUGAAAGUGGAAAUGAGAGUGAUGACACUCAAGCUCCUGGUCAGAUAUCUGAUGGUGAAGAUGAAGAUUUACAUUUAUCUAAUGAUGAAAUUAAUAAGAAGAUUGAAAAAUUAACCAAGCAAUUGACAUUAUGCUCCAACAAAUUAACUAAAGCCUUCUAUACCAUACGCGGUGCUACUUUCGGUAUGGACAGGUAUCAUAGACGUUACUGGGUUCUGCCCAAAGCAGGUGGUGUAUAUGUUGAAUCAAUGGAAUCUUCACUCAGACCGGAGGAGCAAGCUAAAGUUCUAGCUGAAGCAAAGGAGCCACCUGUUAAAAAAGAGGAGGAUACUGAUUCUGUGAAAGAUGAAUCUAUUGUUAAAGAAAAAUGUGCUGAAGAGAAACAAGACUCAAGUUCAGAGAAAACGGAUAUGGUUGAUGAUAAAGAUGUUGAUUCUAAGAUGGACACUUCAGUUGAUGAAAAAGCUGUUAAUGAACUAGAUGAGUCCAAAGAUGUGAAACCUGUAAUUGAAGAGAAAGAAGAACUUUGCAAAGUGAAAGUGAAAUUAGAAGAAAAUGAUGAUUUGGAACCUGAUAAAGAAUGUGAAAUGCCUGAAGUAGACAAAUGUUCCAUCAAAAAGGAGGAAGAUAUUGAAAUGGAGGAAAUAAUCCAAAUUGCACCAGAACCAGAAAAUGCUGCUCCUGAAAAAAGUGCUACAAUUGAUUUGAAAGAGGAAAUGGAUGAUGAUUCAAUAAUUAUAAUUAAUUCAGAGUCUAAAGAUAAUGUAGUUGACAACAAUAAUUUGAAAUCUGCUCAAGAUGAAGAAAUUAAAAUUAAUCCUUCUAAAGAAACUGAAGGAAAAAGCACUCCUGAAAUUCUGCCUAGCCCUAUCAAAAGGACUUGGACGCCAGAUAAAAAACCUAGCAAUGAUAGUGACAAUACAUUAAAUUUGAAAAAGGAAAAAGAGAUUAAAGUAAAGAAAGAAGAGAAAAAAGAAAGUCGUCAUAAGGAAAAUGAAAAUAAAUUUAUAGAUAAAAUGAUAGAUAUGAAAGAAGAAAAGAAACCAGUGAACAUUUUUAUGCCAAACUUAUGUGAUAAUAGCAUUAAUUUAGAUCUUGGUGCUCCUAAGCUGCAUGGCACUUCAGAAAGGCAGCACGCUCCCAACCCGUCCAUUCCUCCCGAUCAGAAUUGGCUCUUCAAUUCUCCUCUCUUUGCUUCCAUUCUUGCGGGGAACAUGCUCUUUAAUGGUCCCUUGAUGCCCCAAAGGGACAUGAAUGGCACAUAUUUCAACCUUCCUAAAAAUGAUUCAAAUAAUCCUUUUGGACCAUUCCUCGGACUUCAACCUGGUAUGCUGUCAGCUGAACAAAUAUUUAAAUCUCUUGGUGAAAAGCCUAGCAACCAAAAACCUUGGUUUAGCAUCCUCCCAAGAAUGCCUUGUGAUGAAAGUUUAUUGAAUUCACCACAAGGAUCAAGAAACUCAGCCAUUCAUUCACCAGCUAAUAUUUGUUCUCCAGAUGUAAGAUCCAAUUCUCGAGUGGCACAUUCCUCUCCAACAGCCAAUCCUGCUCCGCCUCCAGGACAUGUUGCAUCUGCUCUGUCCAAUCUACAGAUGGAGUUAAUGAAUGGAGUUGUACCUCCUGGAUUCUUCCUCCAUCCAUUCCUCCCACCACAGUUUGGUCCUACUUACCAAUCCACACCCCCUUCUACAUGUGCAUCUCAUCACUCAUCUUUUACAUCAACUGUGUCUCAUUCUUCGCCCAUGCCAGAUUUCAAUUUGAACUUCAAUCGACCACCUCCAGCAUCAACACCCAAUUCAAUACCAACACCAAGUGCCACUCCAGGACCUACCUCUCAUGGCUGUGCCACACCUACCUCACGAGAUACUCCUUCACCUUGUUUUACAAAGCGUCUCUUGAUGGAAAAGAUGACUCAGGAAUAUGAAGCUCCACAACCUAUCCCCCCUGAAUUGCAGAGAGGUUGGUGGCGUAUCACAGAUCCAAACCAAUUGAAAUUAGUAAUUAGUGCUCUUCAUCAUCGUGGAAUCAGGGAAAAGAUGUUUCAAAAGCAACUUCAGAAACAUUUCACUUUUGCUUGUGCAUCAUGCACUCAAGGACAGGGUAGAGAUACUGACUUAGAAAUAACAGAUAUGGAUAAGGAAAUAUCAAAAUGUGCUGGAGGUGCUCCAGAUCCAGAUCCUGAAGAUUUCUGGUAUAAAGAUAUAGCUUUGAGAGUUGACAUGGGAAUAUUAGAACAGGUUGAAAACCUAGAGGAAAAAGUAGAUGGAUCCAGUAUGCAAGUGAAGUGUUGGAAACCUCCUCCAAAACUAUCUACUGAACAACCUUCAAAAUUCGUACCAUCAUGUGAACAGUAUGUUCAUCGUACAGCAGAUGAAAUAUACGACGCAAUUAAAGAAAAACAGCUGCGUAAAAACGCCAAGAAAAGUUCUUCUAGAAAAAAGAAACCUGUAAAGAAAGAGCAAGAACCUGAACCUUCCGAGGUAGACCCUGAAAAGAAACCUGAAGAAGAAGGUAGCGAAAUGAUAGUUGAUACUGAAGCUGCUGAACCUUCUGAACCUGUCACAGAGGAUUUAGAUAAAUCAACAGUGGAGGAUUCUUCUAAAAUUGAAAGUGAUAUAAUAGCUUUGCCAAAUGGGAAGUUAAAUCCUGUUGAAGAGGCUAAAAAGCGGUUACUGAAAGUUGAAGCAUCCAUAGAAAGACGAUAUUUAAGACCUCCUUUAGGCACUAGAUCAACAAUAUCUAGUGGUGGAGCACCAAGCAACCCUGUGCCAACUGACACAUCUGAAGAAGAAAAUAUUCCUGUAGGACUUGUAAAAUGGAGGAAUGCGGUUGAAAAUUGUCGAACAGCAGCUCAGUUAUCAAUGUGUUUGAAUUUUCUUGAGACUUGUACAGCAUGGGAUAAAUCAAUAAUGCGAGCUAGCUGUCAGUUUUGUCAUAGUGGAGAUAAUGAAGAAAAACUCUUGCUAUGUGAUGGUUGUGACAAGGGAUAUCAUACAUAUUGUUUUAAGCCUGUCAUGGAAACAAUACCAGAAGGUGAUUGGUAUUGCUUUGAAUGUUUGAAUAAGGCUACUGGUGAUAAUGUUUGUGUUAUUUGUGGAACUAAAGGCAAAUUGAUUGAAUGCGAAACAUGUCCCAAGACCUUUCAUCUCAACUGUUUAGAACCCCCAUUAGCAAAGAUGCCAAAAGGAAAGUGGUAUUGCUCUGGCUGCAAUUUAACAAGGCCAAAGAAAUCCAAAAAGAGUAAUGCCAAUAAAGAAAAAGAAACUCCCAAGGAAAAGGAAACAAAGGAAACUGCAGAAAAAACUCCCAAAAAAGCAGAAUCUACUUCAACAUCCAAAUCGAAAAGUUCAGAAAAGAAGAAAAAGGAAGAAAAAAAGAAAGAACCUGAACCUGUAGGAAAUGUUGAUUUAGCUCCAUGCAGCACAAUUCUGGAAGAAAUGCAGAAACAUGAAGAUGCAUGGCCCUUUUUAACUCCUGUUAACACUAAACAGUUCCCAACAUACCGCAAAGUCAUUAAAAAGCCUAUGGACAUGCAAACGAUGAAGAACAAACUUGAAGCUGGACAGUAUAAGUGCCGAGAAGAUUUUGCUAAUGAUGCCCGUCUGAUAUUCGACAACUGUGAAACUUUCAAUGAAGAUGAGUCCCCCGUUGGCCAAGCCGGUCACUCAAUGCGGGCCUUCUUCGAAAGCCGAUGGUCUGAGUUGUGUAGCACAUGAUAGUCCUUUCUGAAUCCAACAUGUGCUGGAAAAUCAAGGGAACUGAGUGCUGCCCUGAUCACGUCAAAAGUGCCUGUAAAGAACACUGCAAGUGGAUGCACAUCUGUAAACUCAUUGUAUUCUCAUUUUUAUAUCAAGUCGCACAAACACUAGAUGUGUUUUAAGGCAUUGUAAAUGGUUGGUAUCAUCGACUCACCUUUUCAUCACUUAAUUUAUACUUAUUUAAAAUCGAUCUGUGUAUUUCCCCUCCAGACCUUCACACAGUGUGUUAUUGUCCAUUUGUUUUUUGUAUUUUUUAGAACAAUUGUGUAACUAUUUUUUCACUGUUUGUAAACUUGUUAUACUUAUUAUUAUUAUUUUUAGAGUGGAACACUGAGCCCAAGCAGAGUGUGAUUUUCCACUCUUCCCGACCUUAAGUUAUGUGGGUUAAAUUAAACAUUGCUCAAAAUGUCUUUGAUUAUUGAUCUUUCAGAACUUCCCUGGCGAAUGUGAUUCGUUUCGGGUUCAUUUUUGUGUGUCCAAAAAUAAAAAAAGAAAUGUUCAUUUGUAUGUUUUUUAAGAAGUUCUAUGUGUCCAAUACUCUCCAUAGUGUAAUUUCAGGGAAACUGUUUGGUCUUUCUAUAACUAAGCACUACAUGAAUACUCAGAGUGAAAUUUAAUCUGUUUUGAGCACACUCAAAGCAAGGCUUCAGAACUUAGUUACUCAACGCAUAUGAAUCAAAUAAAAUGAAUUUUUUUGUUCCAGAGUAUGGUUGAUUCACUCUCCUGGCUGAAUGAUGCUGGACCCGUAAAAUAUCCUCAGUGUAAAAAUGAAAAUUAAAGCUAUUUCUUGAAUUUGUACUGUAGCAUUUGUACAUUACUAUUGACCCAUAACUUGAACCACAACUAUCGAACAUGUUUUUUGCCAUGUGAAUUCCCCGGUGAUGUAAUUGAUUGCAUUAAAUAUUGAUUUAUAUAAGAAGUGCAUGCUUAUUGAAAAACAUCUCGUGAGAAAUUAUUCAAUCCAAUAUUUAAUUGGAAACUUGUAUAAUCUGUUAAUUUUUAAAAAUGUGUGUAUUUUGUAAGCCUAUAUGUGCAUAGAAUUAUUAAAAAAAAAUAAAAAAAAACUUUUCAAGCUAUAAUAAUUUUUACUUUUAAAUCUUUUAGUUGCAACCUUUAAAUUUUUAGACUUUUUGCUCUUAUGAUGUAUAUAUGACUGUUAAAAACGUAUUUGUAACUCAGGAAAAGAUUUUAGAAUUGCGAAGUUAUUGAAUUUUGUUUCCCCGCUUUUAAAUGGGCCGUUUCUCGCACUUUGUCUCUCAUGUGUUAUUUUUAUACUGCCAUACAUAUACCUUGCUUAGUGUUUCUUGUCUGAAUAUCUAAAAGGUAUAUCCCUUACUAGUGGAACAUCUUAACUUAAUUGCAUCCACAAGCAGAAUAAUUUGUGUACCAUUAACAAAAUAUUCGCUUGCAGAUACGAAUAGGUUGAAUGGUGUUGACAUUAGUAGACCAUGAGAUUAUUUACCUGCUUAAAAAUCGGUCUUUCAUUUUGUUCGUUAUCAAAAGUGCAUUUUUUAUCAUUUCUUGAAUCAUUUAUAGCAAUAAGCUUCUAUCUGUUAUUAUAUGUUAUUGACUUAACAUAACUUAUUUAAAUAUUUUUAAAUGCUCCUAGAUAAUGAAGUGUUCUAUUGUUUAACGUCAAUUCCGAUUCCUUUCGAGACUUGUAGCAAAUGUCAGAGCAUUCUGUGUUUUAUGUGACAUGCAAUAAUUGCAUUUUAUGUGCACUCACCUAGUGAGUUUCGAUUCGUUGUGGCUUUCUACGUCUGCUUGUUUAGUAUGUACACCUUGGCUUAAAGCCAGUUAGUUUUAAAAGUAAGCCAUGUUUUAUAUUUUGAAGUCCAUGUACAAAGUACCUUGUAUCAGUGUGUUGAUGGAAACAAAUUUUGGGUAAUGCUAUUCCACUCAUCCAUAAGAGACAAACUUCUGCACCAGACAGUGUCUUCAAAGAUGAACUAUACCUCUAAAACAUAACCCGGGACGGCUCUUCUCACUUAAUCUAUGUUGUUAAGUGAUUAGUUUUUAGGUUGUGACAUCAGAAAAAAAAAAUAAUCGCCAGAAUUUGUCUCAAUAGUUAUUGUAUAAUUUGUAUAAGAUAAUAAAACAUAAAAUUCCUUUGGCUCAGUGAA